AUGGCUUCAAGGAGCACUUCCGGGUUGCCGGCCGGCGGCGUCUCGUCGUCAUGGAAACGGCGCGCUUUCGGGCAGUGGCGGGGACGCGUGCCCCCGGAAGUACUCGUCCGUUGCCAUAGGGAGGGCCGGAGGACGGGGGGAGGGAAGAUGGCGGCGUUGCAGGUGGCCGGGGGGCCGGUGUGUGGGGCCCGGGAGCCGCCGCCGGGCCCCGGGAGCGGAUUCCGCCGCCUGUCGGCUCGCCUGGCCUCGCUGCGCCCCGCGGACAGCAGCUCCGCCCGCACCGAGAUCCACCUGCUGUUCGACCAGCUCAUCUCCGAGAACUACAGCGAGGGCGGCGGGGGCGUCACGGCGGAGGAUGUCAGUGCCUUACUGGUCCAGGCCUGUCGACUAGUUCAUCUUAAUCAGGAACAUCUAGUCAGCAAAGUUUCUCAGCUUAUUCACCAUCUGCUUAACAGAUUGCAGGUGAUUGUUGAUGAACAGAAUCUGGAUUUCCUUUUGGCAUACACAAUCUCUGCUUUUCAACAAUGUAGUUCCUGGACACACAUGGAAAUUCUUCAGGCCUUGUCUGCUCUGGUUUACUACAACGGCCCCAAAUGUCAGAAGUACCUUCCAGACUUGCUCGGGGAGACUGGAAUCCUGGUGAAGCUGAGCGAUCCCAGCCAGUCGGACCCUGACCUCAGCCGAGCCGCAGUGCACUGUAUGGCCAACAUAUGUCUCAGUGUCCCAGGACAGCCCUACUUGGAUGAGCCUUACCGAAAUGUCUGCUUUCAAACUUUCUUAACUAUUUUAGAGUCUUCCAAAGUUUCUGGUAUGGACGAUAUCACAUUUUGCAUGUUGCUACAAAAUGCCCUGAAAGGUCUCCAGUCCCUUCUGAAUGGGGGUAAGAUGAAGCUCACCCAGACCGAGCAGCUUGGGUCUCUUCUGGCGGUAUUAAAGAAAUAUAUGUUUCAUGGGCUUCCUGGAUUGAACAUAGAAAUGCCUGCAGUUUUAUACCCAGCUCCUCUUCCUCAGUAUGAUGGGAGAUCACCUAUCAGACAGGAGCCAAUGGAAAUGAACCCCUCGAAACCAAUAGCGAGUAAAAGGAAGAAGGCGAAGAGCAAACAGAAGAAAGGUCAUCGAGAAGAGGAGUUGAAAGAACCAAAUGGGGAGCUUGGAGCCGGUGCCGCCAGCGCCCUGGGCAAGCUGACCCUCCACGAAGGCAGCGCCCUGGGCUGUGCUUACUUGAGCACCCUGAGCGGGGCCCCCGAGGGGAGCAGCCCUGCCGCCCGAGACCGAGCCUCUUCCUAUCUCAGCUCUCCCCCGUGGAAGAGGAUCAGUAGCAGUGAGUCGGACUAUUCGGACGCCGAGGGCGGCCUACAGAACAAGAUGAGAUCUUACCAAGCCAAAGUUCGCCAAGGAGCUUUAGCUUGCUUCCUUUCCACGAUAAAGUCAAUAGAGAAGAAAGUUCUCUAUGGCUACUGGUCUGCUUUUGUUCCGGAUACGCCCGGCAUAGGAAGCCCGCAGUCUGUGUCCUUGAUGACAAUUUCAUUAAAAGAUCCCUCUCCAAAGACUCGUGCCUGUGCUCUACAAGUGUUAUCAGCCAUCUUGGAUGGUUCGAAGCAGUUUCUUUCUGUUGCUGAAGACACGAGUGACCAUAGAAGAGCUUUCACUCCCUUCUCAGUGGCCAUUGCUUCCAGCGUUUGUGAGUUGCAUCGAUGUCUUUUGUUAGCUUUGGUGGCUGAAUCAUCCUCUCAGACCCUUACUCAGAUAAUUAAGUGCCUUGCAAACUUAGUAUCAAAUGCACCUUACAACCGUCUGAAACCCAACCUGCUGACCAAGGUCUGGAACCAGAUAAAGCCGUACAUCCGCCAUAAAGAUGUCAAUGUCCGGGUCUCCAGUCUGACCCUCUUGGGGGCCAUAGUGUCGGCUCAGGCUCCCUUGCCUGAAGUGCAGCUGCUUCUGCAGCAGCCUUGUUCUUCUGGGCUAAGCAGUAGUAGCGGUUCCACCAUGUUGUGGCUCAGCCCUUCUGACUGGCGCAGAGAUGCUUCCUAUGCGGAAACUCUAGAGGAGUCUACGGAUAGCUUGGCAGGCUCCAGUGGUGAGCCCUGCUGGCUCAUCCGUCUGUGCAUCUCCACUGUUGUACUGCCGAGGGAAGAUCCCUGUUCUGAUAGCGAUACUAGCUGUACCAUCGGCAACAUAUAUGAACCAUCUCCUGUUCGAUUGGAAGCCUUACAGGUGCUGGCCCUUCUGGUGAAAGGCUAUUUUGUAAUGGCCCAGGGCUAUUUGAUGGAGCUUGGUGAGGUGGCCUGCAGGUGCAUGGAGGAAACAGACCCAUCCAUUCAGCUUCAUGGCGCAAAACUUCUAGAAGAGCUAGGGACAGGUUUAAUCCAGCAAUAUAAAGCAGACUCGACCGUCGCCCCCAAUCAGAGAGUCCCGGUCAGUUUGGUGGUGAUGUUUUGGGCUAUGAUGUUGAACGGCCCUUUGCCCCGAGCGCUUCAGAACUCACAGCAUCCGACUCUCCAGGCCAGUUCCUGCGAUGCCCUCUCUUCCAUCCUACCAGAAGCUUUCAGUAGCUUGCCGAAUGACAGACAGAUCUUGUGCAUCACUCUGCUGCUGGGACUAAAUCACAGCAAGAAUCCUCUGGUGAAGGCGGCCGCUGUCCGCGCCCUGGGCGUCUAUGUGCUCUUCUCCUGUCUCAGGCAGGAUGUCAUGUUUGUUGCAGACACAGCAAAUGCGAUCUUGAUGUCUCUGCAUGACAAGUCUCCAAAUGUCCGUGCCAAAGCAGCCUGGUCCUUGGGUAACCUGACAGACACUUUGAUUGUCAACAUGGAAAUGUUGGGCCAGAGUUUCCAAGAAGAAUUUUCCAGUCUCUUGCUAUUAAAAAUGUUGAGAUCGGCAACAGAAGCUUCCAAGGAUAAAGACAAGGUAAAAAGUAAUGCCGUUCGGGCCCUUGGAAAUUUGCUCCACUUCCUGCAGCCAUAUCAUGUAAUAAAACCCAGAUUUACAGAGACCAUUGAGGAAUCCAUUCAGGCCCUUAUCUCUACUGUUCUGAGUGAGGCCACCAUGAAAGUCCGAUGGAAUGCAUGUUAUGCCCUAGGAAAUGUAUUUAAAAAUUCUGCUUUGCCUCUGGGAACAGCACCUUGGACGGCACAAGCUUAUGGUGCUCUCACAUCGGUUGUGAAAUUCUGCAAGAAUUUCAAAGUACGAAUCAAAUCUGCAACUGCUCUUUCCAUUCCGGACAAGAGGGAGCAGUAUGGGUCUGUGGAACAGUAUGCUCAGAUCUGGAAUGCGCUGGUGACCGCCUUACAGAAGAGUGAGGACACCACAGACUUUCUGGAAUUCAAAUACUGUGCCAGCCUAAGAGCACAAAUCUGCCAGGCACUGAUUCACUUGUUAAACCUAGCCAGCGGUUCAGAUCUGAGGUGCAUUCAAGAAACUGUGGAGCAGAGUGGUGAUAUGGUCAGGCUCUACAUCUUACAGUAUUUGAAGUCAGGAGUGGAGGGAGAUGACACAGGCUCACCCCAGAGCCCCCAGGAACGAGACAAAAUGCUAUCAGAGGCCCUGGGGCAUAUAAAGGGGGUUCAGGAACCCUCAGGUGAUACAGCUAAGAAGGUCAUCGUUGCUUAUUUGGAAGGCAUCCUGACCAUGUAUACCAGUGAGACUGAAUCUUGUGUCUCUUUGCUGUAAGGCAGACCAAAUACCAAGUACGGAUAGAACAAGGAAGAGAUGGGAAAUGUGCCAAGAGGGUAAAUUUAGAAGCCAAGCAAGCUGUCCUAGAGAAAGGGGCCUUCUCUGGCAGUGUGCUCAAUGGCGUCUUGGGAGCAGAAGCAAAAAGAACUUAAAACUCAUGCCUCCUUGGGGAAUGUGGUAAUAACUUUUCAGUCAUCCUCCUAUUGCAAAGUGCCCUGGCUAUCGGUGUACACACUGAGCUACCAUGCUGGCCAGGCCAGCCCCCUCUAACCGGGGGCCCGCCAGAGGGCAAGGUACAAAAGGGAGAAAGUGUGUCCAGAGCAGGGCCAGCCGGAAUGGAAGAGCCGCCGAGGGGCCUGUUAUGCAGUGCCCCACCCCUCUCUGGGAGCCACCCUCUGGCCCAGUGAGGCCUUAACUCACCAGGGACUUUUAAGUCUGUUGCUAUGACUCCUGGCUAAGCUAAUCUGCUACUUUAUGACUGUUUUUAAGUGAGGCUCCGUUUACAAAUAGCCCCCUGCCUCUUCCACCCCUUUUAAUUAGCUCCUAUUCAAACCAAAAAUUUCACAAGCUAGAAAUAGUUUCUUCUUGAUAGUCAUUAUACACAUGUAAAAUAUUUUCUCUGCCAACAGCACUGUGCCCACUAAUGUUUUUCCCAGAGUUCGAUUAUAUCUUUGCCUUGGUGACAUGUAUACUAGUACUUUGCACUUUUGAAAGAAACCCAAAUAGAAAGCUAAAUAAAUGUAUUCUUUUAAAUUCCGUUCCCAACAUAGUUUAUCCUCUGUCAGACCGAGUUGAGGGCCUCUUACUUAACACGGCCCUAGACAGUUUACCCUCGAUAACUCGGUUGUCCCAAUGACUGCUUUAUUCGUGUGCCUUCUGUGCAUUGAGUGGAGGCUUUCCAGUGAAGUGUCUCACGAACCUCUGAGCUCUAAAACGAGUAGGGAUAAUUUAGGGGCUUCCUCAGUGAACUACAAAACCUUGGACUGUUAGAGAAUUAUAACGGAGAGGAAGGGCUUUACACACUUGGCUCCCUGGCUUUUUGUGUAGGAUAAGUGUGGGGGUCACAGCUUCCUACCAUUGUCCAGACUCGAGAGUACCACAGGUCUCUCACCUCAGCUACCGGUGAAGGAACCUCUUAACCCUGCAGAAGAUAAACUGGCCAGUCCGUUGGCCUUCACAUGCUAGCUUCGCAGGUGAUUGGCCGCCUCAUUUGAUGCAGACGUGUUAUAUGUUACGUAUGUCAGGUUGGCAUUUCUUAGAGGCAUUAGCAGAUCUCACCACACACAGAGUCGGGAUUGGGGUUGGGCAUUUGUCGACUUCUUGAGUUUGUCCUCGCUUGUCCGACAGCAGUGAUUUAAGCAUCGACGGGCAUAGAGAUUUUGUGCAGCAAAUAACAAUCUUCUACCUUUUAUCUGGGUGUGUAAUAGGUAAGAAAUAAGGUUUUGUAAUAACAGCAAUAACACGCUCUUGUUGAAAACUAAAACACUGUACCUGAAAUAGCCCCUGCACCUUCCUCAUUCUCUUGUUAAUCCUCUGUCCAUUUGAGUGACAUUAAAUGGGGGUUUUAGUAAGAAAUGUGUGACUAUAUUUGUUUUAAAUGUUUUUUACAUCAUUAUUAAAACACUUCUCUAAAGGCA